CCCCUCCGCCGUGCACGCGCAGCCGCAUCCUUCAUUCAUCCGCCGCGCGUUCGCGUGCUGGUCUUGGAUGCACGCGGAUUUCAGAGGAUAACCGGAAACAGCAGGUUGUUUUUGAAACAUCUCACACAGACACUAAAGAAGAAAAAGUAUUGAGAAAUGGCUCUGACUCAAGAUAUGAUCCUAAGCUUUUUACUGGCGCGCGGGGGGAAAGUGAAAAACUCGGAGCUCGUGAGCAACUUCAAAGGACUUAUAAACUCCAGCGAUCCCGCAGAAAAGAAACAAAACCGAGAGCUGUUCAAAAGCCUGGUCAACAGCGUCGCCGUGGUGCAACAAGUCAAUGAUGUAAAGUACGUGUCUGUGAAGAAAAAGUACCUUGGAUGCAUCGCAGGUGGAACAAACAGUUUCAUUGAAUCUCCGUGCAUCAUCAAAUCCGUGCGUGAUUCCAGUGAAAUAGAGAAUGUGGAUAUUAUUAAUAACAAUUAUUGCCAUUGCUCCCCGCAAGCUGCGAGUAAUAGCUGCAAAAGUGGAUUUGAUGUUGAGUUUGUUCACUCAAGAAGUCCCUCUGAUUAUAAUGUGAGGGAGUCUUUGACAGCAAGAGUGCUUAAUGUGACAAGUGAUGCUAGAAGUGCCAAAACAGGGGCUGUUUUUGCUCUUGUGGCCGUAAAAUCUCCAUCAUGUGAGCUGCAGCAUGAGGAAAAGAGAAAAACGAGCUUAAAAACACUGAUAGUAGAUGCUAAACCGCCAUCUACAGCGACUGCAGAGCGAGCUAUGAAGGUCAAAGCAUAUCAGAGCUGUGUUGCUGGAGAAGGCUUUCUCUACAGGUCUCUGAGAGCCAAACGAAAGGAGCUGGAUGCACAGGGUUCACCACAACUGAGAAGGUGUAGCAAACUCACCAAAUCUGGUGGUAAUGACUCUGAUGGGAUUCCUUUGGGACCGAUGGAGCAUGAGUGGCUUGUGAAAUCAGCAACGGGAAGCUGGCGUCAGAUCUACGGCCUCCUGCUGCAAGACCCUCGGCUGGCAGACAAGCCAAAUUUCAUGUCUGGAUUCACCGUCCUGCAUUGGGCUGCUAAAAGCGGAAAUGGUGAAAUGGUGUGUAAAGUCAUCGAUGUUUCCAGACAGAGAGGCACAGGGAUCGAUGUGAAUGCCAAGUCUUAUGACGGAUACACAGCGCUCCACAUAGCCGCCAUUCACAGUCACGAAUGUGUGUUAUCGCUGCUGGUGAGCGAAUACGGUGCCAACACGAACAUACGGGAUAACAGUGGUAAAAAACCCUACCGCUAUCUAAGUCCAGACGUGUCCAUUGAAAUCCGAAAGAUGCUCGGAGACCCUCACAGCCUGCAGAAGGAUGCACAGAACCUCUCAGACCUCCCUAAAGGAUUCAACACCCUGAGUAAACUAUUUCAGCCCCACAUCGCUGGACAUAAAAAGAAAUACAGACGUCGACCGAGCUUCCACUUCAUCAGAGAUGAUCGUGAAGACCCCAAAAAGAACGUCGCACUUAAUCGCAAACUGUUACAGUAAAACAUAUCAACUGAAAGAUAACAACGUGCACUAAAAAUAGACUUGUGUUACUAGGUUUAAUGUAACGUGUUCAUUUAAUUGGUGAUUGCACAGUGACAGCCUUGCGUCUACUGAUGAUUGUGUUUGUUAAUGAGGUUGAUAAGUUCAGGAAAAUGCAUUUAGCACUAACACAGCUGAACGGCUGAACAAUAUGUACAGGUCGUGUUUUACCCCAAAAGAAGGACAAAAAUGCGUUAUGUAAAUAUUGGGUUACACUGACAUUUCAAUGAAAGGUUUUCCUAAAAAAAAUUAGCAUGCUGUAAAUGCAAAAAAUAAAUAAAUUAAAUUAAAAUUUCAUAAAGCUUAAAAAUGUAAUACUUAAAAUGUACUCCUCAGGCCAUCCAAGAUGUAGAUGAGUGGAACAGAUUUGGAGAAAUGUAGCAUUGCAUCAGUGUCUCAG